AUGAAAGAAAGACUUUUAGAUUUCGACAAUAUAUCAAAUGAAAUAACACUAUUUGAAAAUCCUUUUACAUUUGAUGUCAAUGUAGCAUUUGCAGAUAUACAGCUUGAAAAACAUUCAAUGAAAAAACAUUGGUGUGUGUCUGGUAACAAAGGUUCUAAUAGUUUUUUCCGCUUGGGUUUAUAUCGAAAUUUGCUCUCACCUGAAUACAGUAAUGAUUCAGAAUCAUCUCAAUCAAAUAAAAAUCCAAUUGAAAAUGAAUCCAGUACGGAUAGAACUUCUGUAUCAGAAGAACCUUCAGAAUCUAGCAAUGGAAAUGAAGCAGAAAGAGAUAACAAUGUUUUACUACAAAAAGGAGCAGAACCGAAGGAUACAUUAAUUGCUAUUGAAAAUAAUGAACUCCUUUUAAGAAAAGAGAAACGAAAUGCUAAUGAUGAAAGAAUUGAAAAAAAUAAAAUAAAUAACGAAGAAAUCCUGGAAAUAAUUGACUUUGAAAAAGAUUUUGAAAUUGAAGGUGAAUUAUCGUCUCUACACGAUAACAACACGAAUAACGUUAAUUCAAUAAUUAUUAAACGUAAAAGUGAUUUUGUUGAAAAUAAUGAAAAUAAAAUAAGUAAUUCACAAAAUUUCUUACCAUUCAAGAAGAGAUAUAUUAAAAAAAUUGCACGUAAAAAAAAAUUAACAGCCUCUAAAAAUUCUAAUCGUACAAAAAGAAUCAAUCGACCAGUUUUUGAAACAUCGCCACACGGUAAUCAAAAUUUAAUUAAUAGUUGUUUGGAUAGACCUAUUGAAAUUGAAAUUUUGAGUCAAGCUCAAGUUCAUGAAAUUUCUAGCACCCAAAUUUCACCACCGCACAAUGAUAUUAAUCUUCAGUCGCACCCGGCACAACAACUGGAGCAAUCUCAUGAAUUAGGAGAUGUUAGUGAACAGAUAAAUCACAUUACAAAUGUUCAAGAAAACGAACCUGAAGAAUCAGAACAAGAAACUGUCCCACGAGAACAGUAUGAAAAUUUAACAGUGGAUUUAUAUUAUGAUUCAGCUUUUACAGAUGUCGAACUUUUAGCUGAAAAUAUUGUUAAAAAGCAAAUUACUGAGGAUUUGUCUAGAGAAAGGAAAAGAAAACAAUUCCAGCCUCGUAAACAGCAGGAAAAAAUUAUAUCCACUGAGUCAUCAUCAGCUGCAAGUAGCAGUAGUAGCAGUAUUAGUAGCAUAAGCAGUUUUAAUAACAUGAGCAAAAGUGGUCACAGGAGCAAUAAAAAUAAAAAUAGUAGAAAGAAAAAUUCAAAAACAGAUAUAAAUAAUGUCCAAGGUGAACAGUUUUUUCGUUCCCAAGCGGGAACUAAUGAGAACGCAGAUGAUGAAUUUCGAACAGGAUUGGCAGAAACUACUGAAACUGAGUCAAAUUCCAGUAAAAAGCUUUUUCGUCCCCUUCUGGAAAAGAAAAAGAAAGGAAUAUCGAAGGCAAAUGAAGCAAUUGACGAAACUAAUGAGAAAAAUGAAAUUAAAAAAGUAGAUUUCCACAACUUAUUUACGGGUUAUUUUGAUACCCAUCCAUUUGGAAGACAGGAAAGGCUAGAACCGCUUAAAGAUCGAAAAAAAAAAGAAAUUGAUGAAAUGAAUUCCAAAGCAGAUAGUUUUGAAACUUAUAGGAGAAAUUUAUGUAGUCAUGACUGCUCCGAAAAAGUAAUUCAAUGCGACAAUGUUACUUCCUCAAAUUUAAAUGAAAGGGAAAUAGAGAAUAUGUUAGGGAUUUCACAUAAUACCGGGGAUUUGUUUGGUGACUGUAAUAAAUCUACAUCAAUGGUAAAUUCACCAACUAAAAUAAUUGUGGAAGAUGCAAAAUCUAAGAAAAUGGAGCUACCAAUGAAGAAAUUUCGAAUCAGAGUCAAUAAAAAUUUUUCAAAAAUUCUCCAAGCUGAUACCAUUCCUAAAGAAAGAUCAUUUAGUAUCGAAUCGAAACAAAAAGGAACAAAAUUGGUGAAAGAGGAAAAUGAAUGUCAAAUUAACAAUAUUUCUGAAAACCGAGAAAUAUAUACAAUUAAAAAAUCACCAUGCAAAUUUUUGCAUGCAGAAAAAGAAAAUAUUUUAGGAAUUUCAUAUAAUAGGAAGGAUUUAAUUGUGAACUGUAAUAAAUCAAAAAUACAAUCACCAACUAAAAUGAUAAAUAAAGACGGAAAGCCGAAAAACUUAAAGCCAGAAAUAAAGGAAUUGCGAAUCAAAGUCGAUAGGAACCUCUCAAAAAUUCUUAAAGAAAGAUCAUGCAAUAGAAAACUUGAACAAAAAGAAAAAGAUUUGAUGGAACAUGAAUAUAAAAGGGAAAUUAUAAAAACUUCUGAAAAGCAAGAAAUAUGUAAUACUAGAAAAGAUGCACCACGCAAAUUUUUCCAAAAUUCUGAAAAAUCCCCCUUCGAGAAAAAGUUUUACACAAAAUCAAAAAGUGUGAAAAAAAAAGGAAAUGUUCAAACGUCAGGAAAACAAAGUAAAAGUUCUAGCAUUUUUGAUUUUACUGCAUCACAAUCCAGUCCUUCAAACUCAGAUGACCCCACUAAAGAUGUAAUAAAAGAUUUAAUAAAAGCAGGAAGGGUUGAGGUUGUAAAAUAUAAGAAGGGUUCAGGGAAAUUGAAAACAAAAUUUAAAAAACCCAAACUUUGUAAAAAACAAAUUUGUGAGGACGGGUCGAAGCGAGCAGUGACAAAUCCAGCGCAAAAUACUAAUAACAUUGCAAAGGAAGUGGAUUUUGAAGCAUUUAAAAACGCAAAUAAUAAUGAUAAUGGAUUUGAUAAUGAUAUUUUUAUGUCUGAAGAAGUAAGUAGAAAUAAUACAAAUAGUUUAAACGGUUUGGCUAGACGUGGUAUAAAAAAUAGAGCAACACAAAAUCCAUAUUCCAGAUUGAUCGUUAAUUCUAGAAAAGUAAAGGACAAAAAAGUUUUGCUUGCUUUAGCAAAAAGCUUCAUAAGAAGGUCGGAGGAAAUGAAUAAAAAUCAAAGUGUUUUAACAAAGACGAAAAAACUAAGUUCAAAUGACCAAAUAGGAUCUGCUUCCCCUUGGCGUGUGGAAGAAGAUUUACCAAGUCUUUUCAAUUUUUCAAGAAACUCUGAAAAUUUACCGUCAUUUUCAUCAGAUGUAAUUAAUCCACCUAGUCCCCAACAAAAUAAAAACCAAGUAUUGCGUUCAUCCAGGAAUUUUUCAUUGAACAAGUCGCUUGAUAAUUCGAAUAUUGAAAACAUUCAACCUGCAUUUGAAAAUUCCAAUUUGAACAUAGAAACAAACCCAAAAAAAGGCAAAAUUCACCGUUCGCCUUUAAAGCAAAUUAACAUAAUAGAUAUAAUAAAUUUGCCAUUAUUGUCUAACAAUAACAGUACUCCUAUUCACCGACCAGCUGUAUUUAAUCCAUUUUCUCCCUUAGAAUACAACAGUCAAAAUGCGCUCUUUAAGAAACCCACCACGGAACUCAAAAAUCCAACGGCGGGAGAAGAAAUAACAAGUCUAUUUGGUUUUGACAGAGAUAUUGAAGAAGAGAGUGCAGAAAAUAUCGAAACCGUAAGCCUAGAUUUAAAAAACUCUAAGAAAAAUUUGCAUAAAAAGUUGAAAAAAUUAAAACGGCUGGUCCCGAACAACAAUUUAAGAGAAGUCAAUGAAGUAUCCAAGCCAACCAGAUUGUUUAAUAUAAAAACAAUCAGACCUAUAUUUGAAGAUACAACCAAAACUUUCCAACAAAAAAAUAUACCGCAAAUGCUAUCUUAUACGAAAAGUAAAACAGGAAAAAAAUAUGAUGAAAAAAAUUAUGAUCCGGUAGACUUAAAUAUUAGUUCUGAAGAAAGUGGAAAAGAAAUACAAAAUAAGAAUAUUGAAAACGAACCUACUUUAUUUGAAAUUGAAAAUAUUCCUCUUCAAGCUAGUAAUUCAAUACGAACAUAUGAGAGAUCUAAAAGAAAGCGCCCGAAAACUCGCCAUAAUUUUGUACUAUACAACGAUACUGACUCCGAUAAAGAAAGUGACGCAGAGCAGCCAAAGAAGAAAAAAAAAAAACACAGGAAUGAACCAAAGCAAAAUGAGGAGCUUAAAUCAUUUUAUAACGAUUUCAAUAACAUGUGUGCUGAAAUUGAAAAGUAUAAUUUAGUUGUAGAAUAACUUAUAUAUUUGAUAACUUAAGGGUUAAAAAUAGCAUUGGAGUAAGUUAAAAUUAAGGUUAAGGUAUGCAAGUGACUAAACUUAAAAGCGGAUGUAGUAAUAAAUUUAAUAAUAAUAAUAAUAAUAAUAAUAAUAAUAAUAAUAAUAAUAAUAAUAAAUUAAAAUAACUUCUUUUCAAAAUAUGUACACGUCUUUUUUUAUACCUUUUAUAAGAUUAUGCCAUUAAUGUCUACAUUUCUAAGUUUAUUCUAAUGUAUUCGAUAAAAUUUACUUUUAUUUUAAAAUAUAUGUAUGUAAUAAAGAAGUAAUAAAUGUAGUACUG